AUGGCUACAGAUAUUCCAGUUUCUGUUAUCCGUAAAUUGAUGUUCUUCACAAUUGCAAUGGUUGCAUUUCCAUUAAUCACUUUCUUUUUAGUUCAACAAAUGACAGAUAAUACAAUUGUUAGUGGUGGUAUCGCUGCUGCUGCUGCUAAUAUUGUUUUAAUUGGUUACGUAAUUGUAGCAUUCACAGAGGAUACUACUAAGCUACAAAUUGAUGAAAAGACGAAAAAGCAUGAUUGA